AUGUGGGAAUUCAGUAAAUCUCAGAAGCCCAUACAUGAAUGGAAGCGCAGUAAUGCGGCACCGCAUUAUUAUCGCCAGAAAAGCAAGACUUCUCGACAACCAUAUGUCGCCUUGGUGAAAGAAAUCAGUGCCGUACUCAUCAAAUCUUACAGUCUAUUAACCACUAACUAUGUGAUAUGCUUAUUCAUCAGUGCAGAGUUAAUGCGAUAA